GAAUAGUGUUUUAGCGAUGAGCUCAACUUUUACAAGCCCGAUAUGCGGCUUUAACUUCGGCGGAUGACGUCCAAUCGUCCAACGGUAAUCAGCAUAUGCAAGAUGCCCCGCGAUCCACUCCUUCAAGCCAAUCGUGCAAGCGAAGGCGGUGAGUGCUGGCAAUAUACUUUGACGUCGAUACCCCAAAUUUCCCACAGCUCACAUAACUUGCAAAUUCAACGUCGCAACCAGUCCCUGUCAAUUAGCAAUCAUGGAUACAGCCAAGGCUCCCGUUAAGCUCGUGAAGGUCACUCGUGUCCUCGGACGUACCGGCUCUCGCGGUGGUGUCACCCAGUGCCGUGUCGAGUUCAUGGACGACGAAACCCGAAGCAUUAUCCGCAACGUCAAGGGCGCAGUCCGCGAGAACGACAUCCUCUGCUUGCUUGAGUCUGAGCGUGAGGCCAGGCGUCUGCGUUAAACCCAAGUUGGGUUGUACAGCUGCGAUUAUGAUCAACGAUAUCUAGAGGGGGAUCACAAAAGUUAUAGCAUGGGUCGGUUAUGCAUGGCAGUGGCGUUUUCCACAGCGAAGGCGCGUGCGGUCAUGAGCUUUACUGGCACUUUCAUGAAUCGAUGAACUCCUCCAAUAUCCAUCGUUUGCCAGAUUUUGCAGGAGCAUGAACUUGAGCUAGUCCAGCUAAUAGGAUGGCACAUGCAGUACUCUGUGUAAAAAGUGAGUCUAGAGAUAACGCGCCAUCGUGACCUACCCUCCAACGGGCCU